GGGGGGGGGCUCGUUCCCCCCAUAGAGCGCAGCAUGCACGCUCCCGAGCAAAAGGAUGUGUGAGCAGGCAGCGCGCUACUGUAGGGACGGAGUCCACAAACUGCUGAACAAAGAACAAGCGAAACUUCGAGCCCAAGAAAGCCGCGAGCAGACCAAACCCGUAGCCGGUCAGGACAGCGAGUCCGAAACGGCAGCUCAGUCCGGAAACAGCGGCGCCCAGCCCGGUGGAAUUGACGGGCUCGUCCGCUGGAUCGUCACCAAAAUGAGCGACAACAAGAACAUCUCCAGCCGGGAGUACGCCUCCAGCAAGGAGGAGGUGGCAGUGGCUCAAGAGCAGUUCUUCGCCCCGGAACCGCGGAGAGGCAUCUCCGUCAUUCUGGAUAUCUUCAGAAGAGCUGAUAAAGAUGAUGAUGGUAAACUCUCUCUGGAUGAGUUCCAGGCUUUCUUCUCUGAUGGUACGCUGAACGAGGAAGAACUGGAGAAGUUAUUUCAUACCAUUGACUCUGAUAAUACCAGUAAUGUUGACACAAAAGAACUCUGUGACUACUUUGCGAAGCACAUGGGAGACUAUGAAGGAGUUCUGGCCUCACUGGAGACACUCAACCUUUCCAUCCUCAAAGCCAUGGACUUUACUAAAAAGGUUUAUGAGAGAGGAACAAACAUGGAGCAGUUUGUGACCCGUUUUCUCCUGAAGGAAUCAGCCAAUCAGAUCCAGUCUCUCCUGAAUUCUGUGGAAAGUGCUGUGGAUGCCAUUGAUGAGCAACACAGCCAGUCAGGCCACAUUUCAGCCAAGACGAGCCCCCGAAUGUCAGAGAGGCGUCAUGACAGCGUUGUUCCUGAUUACCCCCCUAAUAACAGAAUCAGUGCAAAGGAGGCUGUCAGGACCAUCAACACUGCCUCAGGUGCAGUGGAGGUAAGGAAAGAGGGUCUCGAGGCUCAAAUCAAUCGCCUGUCUGAACUCAUCGGACGACUGGAGAAUAAAACAGUCUGGUUUGAUCUGCACCAGAGGCUAACAGACACAGACGGCACCAGCAGUGCAUCACUAUUGCUGAUCCGUCAGGAGAUGGUGGUUUCCCAAAAGAAACUUGGUGACUAUUGUGAGGCUCUGAAGCAAUACCUGAAGAAUGUCUCCACUCAGAGAGACUGCUUUCAUGUCACUGCAGUGCGUUUGCCAGAUGGUUUAUCCUUUGUCAUUUAUGAGUUCUGGGACGGCGAGGACGAAUGGAAAAGGCACCUUCAGUCAAGCCCCAACAAAGCCUUUCAGCAUGUGAAAGUGGACACGCUGUGCCAGCCAGAGGCCAUUUCCUCUGUCGCCGUGCCAGCUGCCUGGUGCAGUGUGAACAAGGCCUGAGCAUGAACGUAUCCAACUAUACUUCAAGACUCUUGGACAACAACUUCUCGACCGUUUCCUUGCAUUUUUCCCCUUGUCACAUUCCUCACGUCCCUCCAAACGUCUUGAAAAACAUGUUUACACAGUGCAAAUGAAUGGCGUCAACUGCUGUGACUAUUGAACAAAGUGCAUUUUCCAAAAGUACAUUUGCAUCCAAACAUUGUGGUUGACUUCGUAGUAUUUAUUAUAUGGUCAGUUCAUUAUUUAUGUUCUAGCUGGAUGGAAUUUGUCAUGUAGCAUGAAGUUUUUGGUUAAACUUUUCAUGUAGCAGAAACUCGAAUGACUCUGGAAAGCCCUUUUGCCAAGGGAGACAUUUUUGAACAUGCUCUAAAUUUAUUACAGGAAGUUUAUCCUGGUAGCUGUAAGUCCAUCUAAAGUACAGUGAUCCCUCGUUUUUCACAGGACAUGCGUUCCAGGACCACCCGUGAAAAACAAAAAUGGUAUAAACUACAUCAUUUUGAAAUUUAAACACCACUGCGUUGUAAUUUCCAACACAGUGUUUCUUAUUGGCCACUAGAGAGCAUGGGUUUAUUGUUAAUUAGAAGUAUGGUAUACCUUGCUAAACAAUACAAAUUUUCCAUUUUUAGAAUUGCCACACUCCACUUAGCCGGAGUGAGUCAUGGUUGCGCAUGAAUCGCCUGUUGUAUUGUGGUCCAAUACACAAUAUUAAAGUUUUUUAAACCCUCCCCAAUACUUUUACGCGACAGAAACCUUUCCCAUUCCUUUAAUAACCAUUCCCACACUGUUCUGUGCAUGUAUUGUACCUUUACAGUAAAUAAAAGAACAAACACGUGAUAUUGUCACGUGUCCCGACUCCUUCUGCACCGGUUGGUGCUUCUUCCCUCGUACGCAGCUGGCUGCCGGGUCCCGCGCUUGAACCCAGUCACGUUCGCAGUGACGCACAUUGCUCAGAGGCAGGCUCAUGCGCCGGUCUCCCGUCACUUAUAAACCCGCGAAGUAGCGCAUUCGCGAAAGGUGAAGCGCGAAGUGGCGAGGGAUCAUUGUAUUCAUUUCACUUUUGGUCAAGUAGUAGACAGGAACAUUCACAAAAUUAUGGAAGUUCUUCUAUCAGUAUUAUUUGUAGCUGACCACAAAUUUUACCAAAAUCCUCACAUCAUCUUGCACAGACCAAAUACACCAUACAAAAAUGGGACAAAAAUCCUCCAACUGAGCAUAUUUCUGGAUUAGUUUCUAAUUACAAUGAAAGAUUCAUGACUAAAUUUACUGAUUGUUAUCCAUGAAAAUGGCUUCAAUUUGAAAUGUUUCUUCGUUUCUUGUUUUUUUGUAAAAACAAAAACGUGUAGAAAUUGAUCUGAAAUUUCAGUCCGCACGUUUACCACGACGUAUGUUCAAAAGCUAACCCAACAAUGCUGACUGAAUCCACCAAAAACUUAACGCAGUUGAAUGCUGACAUGACUGAUCAAAACAAUUGCUUGAUGCAUUUUAUCUCCUGAGGCAGUCAUGUAAAAUUCAUUUUAUUUCCUAUUGAUGAUUUUUUUUUAUUUAAAUUGCGUAUUCAACUCAGUUUCACCAAACCUUUGAAAGGCGUAUGGCAUGGACAUGCAGACAUGAUCUCCACCUGCAGGACACAGGAGUUCAAUGUUGGUAGAGUUCAGCUCAACUGGACUGUCCUUGUCUUCUAAUUUAAGUUCUGUAUCCAUUACAGAGUGCUUUGAGUGGGGAAAAAAAGUGCCACGGUUGUUUUCAGGUAGAUUACGCGGUGGGUAAUGGUAACAGCUGUUCAUUAAGUUAAUUA